AUUUAAGGACACCACCGGAAACCGCCAUUUUUGGCGAAUUCCAGGGCUUUGGCUAAAAUUGGAAAGCAACAGUGAUCCUAAUUACAACCAUGUUUUAUUUUACAGGACAUGUUGUAGUCCCAAGAAAAAAAAGUUGAAUUCACAUUAUUGGGAGUAACUUGAUUUUGAACAUCUGGAAGCGGACCUUAUAUUUGUACAAUGCGUGCUUCCGCUCGAACACUUCACGGCGCGACACAAAUAUGCUAGUACGGUACACUACUCGCUUUGGAGCGUAAAUUUCCCUUUACAAGUAAGUUUAGAAGUAACUUAUAGUGGUGACUUUUUAACUGCAUUCUGAUGAGGACACAAUUUGAGGGAGGAGACUGAAACAUGUGGCGAAGUAGAAUUUUGCCAAAGGAAUAAACUCUGCCACUAUAUUGUGUUUCGAGAUUUACCAUUUCAACGGGGCAGUUGGAGCCACAUCUUUGUCAGCAGGCUUUGACAUCUUUGACACUAAUGACUGUACAUUGUGCUGUCAAAUAGACCGCGUCCACAUAAAAUGAUAAAGCACAAGAUGAGAGCAGCGGGACCUGUGCUAGUGGCAGGCACCGGCGAACGCUGCUUGUCUGCGCUCAACAGCAGACAAUUUUUAACCGAGGACGGAGCCGUAUCGGCUCAACGUGAGAUUCUUGUGAAGGAGGCGUCUCUCUACAUACACUGGCCGUACUGCCUGAAACGGUGCUCCUACUGCAACUUUAACAAGUACAUCCCCAAAGGUGACAAUAACCACAUAGUCAGCCAGUGUCUUCAGCAGGAGGUCGCAACGCUGCUGCAGCUCAGUCAGGUGUCCCGCGUCACCUCUGUGUUUUUGGGCGGCGGUACCCCAAGCCUGGCGCACCCCUCGACUGUCUCGGACAUUUUGGAAGCGGUCUCCAGGCAGGUGAGUCUGGCACACCAAGCUGAGGUCUCACUCGAAGUCAAUCCCACCCCUGAGGGAAGGGCAAAAUUGAAGGACUUUAGCCACGCUGGGGUGAACCGUUUCUCCAUAGGGGUCCAGUCUCUCCAGAAUGAUGAUUUAAGCAGACUGGGCCGAGACCACAGCGCUCAUCACGCCCUGCAAACCGUCGAGGAGGCUCGCAGGUUGCGCCCGGGUAAGGUGUCUGUGGACGUCAUGUUCGGGCGGCCCGGGCAGAGCCUGGCAUCAUGGGAGGCGGAGUUGUCAGAGCUGUUGCAGUUGUGUGACGACCACGUGUCCCUGUACCAGCUGACGCCCGAGCGAGGCACCCUGCUGUUUAAACAGAUACGAGGCGGCGAGGUGACGCUGCCCGGCGACCAUGUGAUGGCAGAGAUGUACGAGAGCGCCAGGAGGACGCUGCAGCGGCACGGAUUUGAGCAGUAUGAAGUGUCAAACUUUGCCAGAAACAGUGAAGUGAGCCAUCACAACAUGAGCUACUGGAAGGGAAGACAAUACAUCGGUGUUGGUCCAGGAGCACACGGGCGCUUCGUUCCUCUCGGGCUUGGAGGCGCGCACCGAGAGGCCCGCACCCAGACGCUGGAGCCGGACGUGUGGAUCCGCGAGGUCCGGCGGCACGGACACGGGACUCGGAGGAGGAUUCAGCUUGGCCAUCUUGCACUAUUGGAGGAGGUGUUGGUGAUGGGAUUGAGAAUGACAGAAGGCAUCACGCACAAGCACUGGCAGCUGUUCAGUCCACAGCUGGGCCUCCGUGACAUCUUCGGCUCAUCCGCUGACGUCCAAGAAUUCUUCCACCGUGGCCAGCUGACCCUGGAUGACGGAGGACUGCACUGCUCCCGGGAUGGUCUGGCGUUACUGGACAGCAUGCUGCCGACUCUGCUGCUGGAACUGGAAAGACAGCAAACGGUGGAAUCUGCCAAGUCAUGAUGGUAGCGUUGGUCUUACCUCAAGAAUCUCUUCAUUUCAAUCAACUGCGGCAUAAUAUGACAGUUUAAACAUCGAAAUGCAGUCAUGUCUUACUGGAAUCUACACAGGAAAAUCAUGGACAUGGAUUAUUCUCAUUUGUCCUAUCCUGGACAUAUUAUUCUGCCAUUUCAGAAAUGCUUUAAUAAGAAAGUAGCUUUCAACCAUUUUGGUGUGUGUGUGUGUGUUCCAGAAGACACCAUGACCAGCAUACUGAUGAUCUCAUUAUGUUUCCCCAUAGAAAACGUGCAGACACUUCUGACUUCAAAUCUUGAGAGUGAAUUAAUGUGGCCGCCGUCUUGUCACGUUUGACGGUUCAGCACGCCUCAUCUGGUGGCCUGCUCAUAAAAACAUGGGACACAAUUUAAAUCAUUGCAGUCCCUUCGUAUUUCAAAGAAUAUGCACAACAAAACAUAAACAUUUAGAUGUAAUGAGAACAUUUACUAGCAUCAGCCUAUUAUAAAUAAUCAGUGGUUGGCUCUCUUGGGAUGUAUUACAUUGAAUAAUUGUCUUCCUUUACAUCCAUACAAUAUCCCCUUUAUUAAUGCUGGAGCACUUCGUCUCUCCUAAUAAGUUGAUUAAGAAUAGGAAAUUCUACCUUAACGAAGAUUAAAAAAAAACAAAAAAACUCA